AUAUAAGGUGUGCUUCUAGUGGUGGGAAGGUGUGCUCAGCUGCUGGGAGAUGUGGAGCUGCCUGGAAGAGGGAAGAAGUGCUCCGGCCUGACAGGUGAAGCGGAUCCCCGUAUGUCCUGAUCACAGGCCUAGGUCUCCUCUACAGUCACCGCUGGGGAAAGGUAAACGAAAAUGGAGUCCAUGCUGAACAAGCUGAAAAGUACUGUCACGAAAGUGACAGCAGAUGUCACGAGUGCCGUGAUGGGGAACCCUAUCACACGAGAGUUUGAUGUAGGGAAACAUAUAGCCAGCGGUGGCAAUGGGCUGGCUUGGAAAAUUUACCACGGCACAAAGAAAUCCACCAAGCAGGAGGUUGCUGUUUUUGUGUUUGACAAGAAGUUGAUUGACAAGUAUCAGAAGUACGAAAAGGAUCAGAUCAUAGAUUCUCUAAAGAGAGGCGUUCAGCAAUUAACACGUCUCCGGCACCCGCGGUUACUCACCGUACAGCACGCUCUUGAAGAGUCACGGGAUUGCCUAGCAUUUUGCACAGAACCUGUUUUUGCAAGCUUAGCCAAUGUUCUUGGUAGUUGGGACAACCUUCCAUCCCCUCUCCCUGCGGACAUAAAAGAUCAUAAGCUCUAUGAUGUGGAAACAAAAUACGGGUUACUCCAGGUAUCUGAAGGCUUAUCAUUUUUACAUAGCAGUGUAAAGAUGAUCCAUGGCAAUCUAAGUACAGAAAAUAUUAUUUUAAACAAAAGUGGAGCCUGGAAAAUAAUGGGUUUUGACUUCUGCAAUCCAUCUGUAAAUCCAACAGAACAAGAGAACAAGUUCUUGUGUAAAGAAUGGGAUCCUAACUUACCGCCAUUGUGUUUACCGAAUCCGGAAUAUUUGGCACCAGAAUACAUAUUGUCAGUAAGCUGUGACCCUGCCAGUGACAUGUACUCACUUGGCGUUAUUGUACAUGCGGUAUAUAACAAAGGCAAAGCCAUCUUUGAAAUCAACAAAAAAGACAUUUACAAAAGCUUUAGUAGACAACUGGACCAGCUGACUAAUUUAAGUCCAAAUGUCCUGGUGAAUAUCCCAGAAGAUGCCCGGCAACACUUGAAACUUGUUCUAAAUGUAACGCCAGCAGUUAGACCCGAUGCUGAUCAAAUGACAAAGAUUCCAUUUUUUGAUGAUGUUGGUGCCGUGACACUGCAGUAUUUUGAUUCCCUUUUUCAACGGGAUAAUCUCCAGAAGUCCCAGUUUUUUAAAGGGUUACCCAAAGUUCUUCCAAAACUGCCAAAGCGAGUUGUUGUACAACGUAUAUUGCCAGCACUGACUUCGGAAUUUGUGAACCCAGAUAUGGUUCCAUUUGUGCUGCCCAAUGUUCUGCUUAUAGCAGAGGAGUGCACCAAGGAGGAGUUUACCAAACUUAUCCUACCGGAUCUGGGCCCUGUCUUCAAGCAGCAGGAACCUAUACAGGCUAGCAACAUGAUACUUCUAAUAUUUCUGCAAAAAAUGGAUCUCCUUCUCACCAAAACUCCAUCAGAUGAAAUAAAGAACAGUGUGUUACCCAUGGUGUACCGGGCGCUGGAGGCGCCAUCAAUUCAGAUUCAGGAGUUGUGCCUAAACAUUAUUCCUACGUUUGCAAACCUCAUAGAUUAUCCGUCCAUGAAAAAUUCUUUGAUACCACGUAUUAAGACUGCUUGCCUACAAACCUCUUCUCUCGCUGUUCGGGUAAAUUCACUGGUGUGCUUAGGGAAGAUUUUAGAAUAUCUGGAUAAGUGGUAUGUACUAGAUGAAAUUCUGCCCUUUUUACAACAAAUUCCAUCAAGAGAGCCUGCAGUUCUUAUGGGAGUUUUGGGUAUUUAUAAGUGUACCUUUACUCAUAAGAAGCUUGGCAUUACUAAAGAGCAAUUGGCAGGAAGAGUGCUGCCACACUUGAUUCCCCUGAGUAUAGAUAAUAACCUCAAUCUCAGCCAGUUCAAUUCAUUUAUGGCUGUGGUUAAAGAGAUGUUGGGCAAGCUAGAGGCAGAGCAUAAAACCAAGCUGGAGCAGCUUCAUGUUAUGCAAGAACAACAGAAAUCUAUGGAUAUCUCAAGUCAGUUAAAUAUGACAUCAGAGCAACAAACUAAUAAGACCAACAAUCAGGCUGAUAAAACAUUUGACAUGGGGCAAGAUUUCCUUAGUGGUGCAAAUGAAAGACAAGAAAACGGCCAUGUCCCAAAGCAGCCCAACAAGGUAUCACUUACACUUGAAGAGAAGCAAAAGCUUGCAAAAGAGCAGGAGCAAGUCCAGAAGAUGAAAAGCCAGCAUCCUCUGAAACCCACUGCAAUGACAGCAGCUGCUCCAGUAAAACAGACCAAGGACCUUACAAAGACACUGAUGGAGAACAUGACCUCUAUCAACAGUCGGUCAAGCGUCAAUGCUAAACCAGCCACGAGUGGCUUUCCUUCUCUCAGUAACAUGCCAGGAAGUAUUGCAUACCCAGCACCUGUUGAUAACAUGAGCUUAAACCGAAAUGUCCAAAAUGGUCCUAACUCAAACACAGGGUUCCAGCCUUCUGGAUUUGGGAACAUGGGGUCUGUAACUCCUAAUCAGAACUUCUUCACUGGCACAGUUCCCAUGGGAAUGAACAAAAUGGCUCCGAUGUCAACCCCAAAUAGCAUGCAGAACUUCAGUACAAUAAGCAGCCCUCCCGGUGUGCUGCAGCAGAACUCAAUGAGCAAGCCUUCUGCUGUCAUGUUACCAUUGGACAAUUUGUUUGGCCCACAAAAACCCAAAGUGAGUCUCAACCAGAUGUCGCAACCGAAUCCCUGGCUCAAUCAAUUUGCACCCCCACAAAGUUCUCAAAAUAUGAGUGGCACAGUGACACAGACAAGCAUGACUGGACAAACUGGCUUUGGCGUCCAAUCGAAUCCAUUUUUUAAUCCUCAAGGCUUUACGCAGCCAGCAACCACAAUGAAAAAUAGCAGUUCGGCUAGCAAUGAUUUAAAAGACCUUUUUGGCUAAAUACAUUUUUUCAAGGAUUGUUUUAUAAUUAAUUGUCUUUGGCCUGCUUGAGAUCUCUUGGUUCUACCCCACCAUUGUGACAUUACAAGGUUUCUAAAAUGUUUGUUUUAUUGUUCUUUUCUUCCCUACAUUAUGUGAUGACCCUGUGGUUAUAUUAGCUGAUUUCUAUAGGCAAUUGAUUUUCUUUUUGUAAAAGCGUCUACAGAAAAAAAAAAAAAACGGAAUAUCACCAAAAGUGUACUGUCUAAUCAUAUCUUAAAAUUCUACAUGGCUAUACUUCUAAGACCCACGAACCUUAUCGGCAUUCUCAGGCUUCUUCUGACAAGACGUUGCAGAUUGCGGUUCCAACUACAAAGAUAUGUUUUUAUCAUGUCCUUAUUUUAGUUUGGAAUAGUGGGCUCACAGUUAUUGUAAAUAAUUCCACUUAACCAAAAUCAGAUUUUUUUUGUUCACAUUUUAUUACACCUUCCUCAGGGUAAUACGUUUUAAAAUACGAUUUUCCAGAAGCAAAGAUGUUUUGUUUUUUUUCUCCCCCUUGACUUGUACUACUGUAAAGGAAACAUAAUACCUUAGUGGUAUUGAGAAGCACUUUUAUUCAGCCUUAAAUAUCAAAAUCACCCUUUUUCCUUUGUUUUGCACCAAAUUUAAGAUUAGAAAAAAACAUUCCUUACCUUUUUUAGAGCAUGUCAACAGAUCUGCAAAUGUAUGUUUUUGUUCUUUUAAUGAAGUUAAUGAAAUCUGUUCUCAGCAGGCCCUCUGCAGAUAUGCUGCAUGUUUUAUCAUUUUAAUUCGAGCAACAUAUAUUUUUCCUCAUUUCAGUUACAACUGGUAUUUUUAUUUAUAAUUUUAAAACAAUGUAUAAAUAAUUUUUUGGUGUUUCGCACAUUUUUCUAACAGGUUCUUAAUUUGCUUAGGACAAGAGGACCUAUGCCAGAAAAGAAUGAUUGUUACUUUAUUGUAAAAUGUGCUGUACUGUAUUGCUGUCAUCUCUUAUUGUCACAUAUUCUAGCCUACCCAAGCACUGUAACGGGUCCUAACUAUGUCGUGGGCGCAUCAUUUUUAUUUUUUUACCCAUCAUUUCUCCAAAAUUACCCACAGAUGGUAAUUUUUUUUUAUAUUUAUUAGCAACCAGUCCAAUCUACAAAACAUUUGACCUAUGUUUAACAUGCACAAGCUUCUUUGCACAUAUCCUGCGGAAAAAAAAAAGAUGAAAUCUGUGAAUAUGCUCUCGUGUAACUAUCUGGAAUUGACAGACACUUCUAAUCUUUUGGCCAGCAGAUCUUUGUUUGUGUUUUAUGGUUCAGGUUCCUGGUUGUUCUUAGAAAAGUCAUAGUACCAGCAGUUGCAAACCCAUUUCUUAUCGGAGGUUUUGCUUGAUGAAGUACUUUUCAUGAAGUACUUCUGACUGGCUGAUUUUGGAGAACUUGUACAGAGGUUAGCUUGAGGUGGGGCAUCUGCCUGUCUUGUCAAUACCACCACACCGGCUGUAAUCUAUUGAUGUUUCUUGACAGAUUCAGCUGACUUUGGGGUGUCAUUUGCACAUAGAUGCUAUUGUCUGUUUUUCAUUGGAUUAUUGGAAAUUAUCUUACUCAGUGAGAGAAAUUUUCAAACACGUUGGAAAAGAGUGGAUGUUCUAUUUAAAAAAAAAACAAACAUAAU